AUAGGUUGGACCUGGAAAUGUCAAAAAUAUCUGAUUCGUCAUCAAACUGAUGAAACUGCAAUUUCGUGUUUUUUUCAGUUAAUUCAAUAAAUCCACUACAAUUAUUUUAUAUAGGCCUAAUCUAUAAAAAAAUCGAGAGUUAUUCAAGGCUAUUAUAUAUGUUAUCGAUUGUAUCUGGUCAGAGUUCAGUUAUGUUCUAAUCAUUUUCGCGUUCUUCAUAUCUAUAUUUCUCGCCGAAAGCUAGUCCCGUACAUGAAUUAAAUUAAUAAUUAAUAAUGGAUCCUGAAAAUACUAAUGAGAGCAUUACAGAACUCAGAAAACAGGCUCUUGAAAAAAUUGAUUCUGUUGGGGAAGAUGCUAUUCACCCCAAAGAUUUGCAGCGAGUGAAAAAAGAUGAUAACUGGCUCAAAAGGUUUUUGAAGCAUAAUGAUUUCAAACAAAAGGAAAGUUUUCAAAUGCUCUGGACGGUGUUGCAAUGGAGAAAAGAAAAUAAUGUUAAUGAUAUUUGUGAAGAAAAUGUUAGUAUGGAGAUACUUGUAUCUGGUGGAUUCUUUCCAAGAGGCAAAGACAUUGACGGUUGUACACUCCUAAUAUUUAAAUGUAAAGAAUAUGUGAAAAAUCAAUAUGAACCUGAGGUAACCCGAAGAACUGUUUUAUAUUGGAUGGAAAGACUAGAAAGACAAACAAAUGGACAACCAAUCACUCUAUUUUUUGAUAUGGAAAAAUGUGGUCUUGCAAAUAUGGACUUAGAUUUUACAAAAUAUUUGAUAGGUCUUUUUAAGGAUUAUUAUCCAUUUUUUCUGAAUUAUGUGAUUGUUUUCGAGAUGCCUUGGAUAUUAAGCGCUGCCUUCAAAGUGAUAAAAAGUUGGUUACCUGAGAGAGCUGUGAAAAAAAUUAAAUUUGUCUCUAGAUCCGAUUUAGAGAAGUUUGUGCCUAAGGAUCAAGCCUUGACUUGUUGGGGCGGGGAAGACGAUUACACCUUUAGGUUUGAGUCAGAAGAAAAAGUUGAUGAGGAAACGCUGAAUUCAAACACCAACAAUCGAAAGGUCCGUUUCCAUGAUGCAAAACAAAUGUCAGACGUAGGAAGUUCAAUUUUCGCUUCUGAAGGAGAUGGAGCUCUCAUCAGAGUUGUCAGCCCCGAAGGACUGCUUAAAUUCGUCAAAGAUCACGACAAUGAUUUCGCCUGUAACUUAGUUCUGCAAAACAUAUCUACCUCUCAUGUAUCCUACAAGGUUAAAACUACCACACCUGAGAAGUUCAGGGUGAGACCAGGAAUAGGCAUAUUAGCUCCAGGCGCCACAAUCAUCAUCAAUAUUUCCCUCUUGGCAGCUUAUAAGACUGUAAACGUUUCUAAGGACAAAUUUCUUAUUCUUAGUACAGCUGUUGACCAGAAGGAUAUGUCCAGCGAAAUGCUUCACCAGACAUGGAAGAAUACAACAGUUUCGAAGGAGAACCAAAUUCAUUUACGAUGUGCACCAAUGGGAGAUGUCAUCAAGAACGGAUCGGUACCUUACGGAUCUUCAGAUGCCGAACCAAACUUGGGAAAAGUUACUGCCACUUUACAAGAUAUCAGACGAAAUCAAUUAGAAUUAAAUCACAGCAUCAAGUCGAUGAUGUACAUACAGAUAGCUUUAUUAGUUCUAGUUCUAGCGGCUGUUUUGUAUCUCAUAACCUCGAAAAGUAGUCAGCAACUUCUUCCUCCCAACUCAGGAAAUGGUGCUCUAUAGCAAUAGCGGUUAAAAUUGGCGCCUGAGAUUAUUAAAUACAGGGUGGAACCUAUUAUAUUGGUUAUGAGAAAUUUAGUUUAUGCAUUCCUGUACUUAUUUUGUCAGUUUAUUGAUGAUUAGAUUCAAUGGCGCCAAGCUGUCAGAUUGUAUAUCUUUAGUUAGCAAAAAUGGUGAUUUUGAACUAAAAGACAAGAAGGUGGUAGAUAAAUACUGAAAAAUACAUUCCAGGACAACUAGUAUUCCUUAAAAUGUGAUUAAGAAUUGUUAAUGAUGGAGUGGGUAUAAUUUAUUCAUUUGUAAUUAAUAACUUUCUUUGCCUUAAAUAUUGUAUAUUUAUAUUUGGCAUUUUUGUAAUAUCAAUUUUAUUGAAUAUUAAAAUAUUUUGUUUUA